AUGUUGCAGUCAAUACUGUCCCCUUUCAGUGCGCGUUUUACGCUUCCCGUGUCUCCAAGGCCAGGGACCUCGACUCCAAUAUCGGCUCGUCCUGAUGAGUUGGCUCCGGAAGACUUCGCUCGGGACGUCCUCAUCGAGGUGAUGAGGAAUUCUGUGGAAAAUUUGAAGAUAGCAGAGGGUUUGAAGGCCAGGACUGAGGUGUUGUCAGAAAUCCACAGAAUCUUACUACGGGACGCCUGCACAAAGGAUGUCUUCCGGGAGAUGGACGGGUUCUUGGUCGCUUUGAAUGUCCUAUCCACCCUGCAUACUAGUAUACCUCAAGGUGGUGGUCGAUCUGCGGGGCAGGUCACUGUUGACGUACUCGAAGCGACACGCCUCGUUUUUUUGAUACUCGCAGAUGCCAUGGACCAGCACAAGCAAAAUAAGCAGUACUUCAAGAGUUCAGUUGGAUUUGAAUCUCUAUCUCAGGCCAUACUUGGAUUGCUCGCAAAUUCUCGCACGAUGAAACAGACCUUAGGCUAUCUCGUCUCUUUCUCGCUCUGCAACUUCUCGUUGUCUGGGCUAUUCAAGGUUACUUCUGGAACUGACUACGCACAGCUGGACAAGAACGUGACUGGAGUGGAGUCCACUUUUGGCUUCAUCCAACACCCAGAAGCUCUGCGUAUACUAUAUCUUUCAUUACCUCCAGUUUCUGCCGGUGAAUCUGCGGUCCGGUACAGUAUACUCAAGCUGCUAGAGCGAUUGUCUCACCGCAACCAUCGCAAUCACUGUGUGUUGAACAGUCUUGGUUUAGUACAGCCUUUAUUUCGUGACUUCUGUGAAGGCAAGAGCGCCAUGGGAGUGCCUAAGCAAGAACGACAAGUCGCCCAAAAGCUCCUGCGCAGGAUUGUGGACGUUGGCACCACAACUGACGAAGCCAAGCUCUUGUUUCAACGCGUCAUACGGGAUGAAGAUACUCUCGAUGCAGAUGUUCUUGAGAUAUUGCGCGCUGGCAUGAAGGUGCGAUGGCCGGAGCAUUUCUCACUGGAGUCAUCCGCGGCUCUGCGUGUCUCCAGCAAUGGCAUGAAGGGCCUGCCUACUGCCGGUUUGACGUUCAUGGUUUGGCUAUGGAUUGAAAACUACCCUGUGGGAGAUCAACUGUUGUUCUCGUUCUGUCUUGGAGGACGUAACCAUAUCGCUCUGGGUAUCCUACGCGAUGGAACUCUCAGAUUCCAGAGUUCUGGUUCAAAUGAGAGUGCAGUGUUCAAGACCACGCUCAGCAAGUCUCGCUGGACACAUGUUACUGUUGUUCAUCACCCGCACAGAGCCGCGAAUGCGACCAUUCGACUUUUCGUCGACGGCGUCCUGACAGAUUCGCUCAAUUGGAUGUACCCACGAACCGAUGCUACUGCCACAUUAGGUACCUACCUCAUCGGAGACUCCGCGAAGACAGCCAGUAUGAGCUGGUGCAUUGCGUCUGCAUACCUGUUGUCCAUACCCUUAGCCAAUCACAUUCCGCGACUCAUUCACCAUCUCGGUCCACGCUACACUGCGCGUUUCCAAGCUGCUGACCUCGUCAAGUUCCUCACGUACGAAGCAUCUACUGCGCUGAAUGUUUACCUGUCCGCUGGAGCUUUGCAGCAGCCGGUCCCAUCCGAUGUCACGCAACUCAUGAAUUCGAUAAAGUAUGGGCUAGGAGUCAACGAGGCUGCUAUCUUGUUUGUGUUGAGUCCUGCCAUAGAGAUUCCCAAUGUAGAUGAGUCCGGUUCUCCUGGUAUUGCAUAUGCUGGUGAUGUCUUCGCUGUCAAGAGUAAUUGUUUGGAUCUGGCAAUGUGGAAGCUCGGAGGUGCGGCUAUCGCGCUACGUCUGGUUCAGUUGGCUAGCAACCCGCACGAAGUGUCGCGGGCUCUGGGUAUUUUGAGCGAUGGUGUGCGUAACAGUUGGCAGAACUCUGAGGACAUGGAACGAUUCCGUGGAUAUGAGAUCUUGGCGGAGAUACUACACGGCAAAAGCCAUCAUAUUAACAUGACCGGAUUUGAGACUCUUUUUGAGUUUUUGGGCUUGAACUUCCGAGCCCCCGACCACUCUACGGUAGUGAACACAGUGGCAUAUCGUGCUCUCGCUCUCGAUUUUCAACUUUGGUCAUCCACGCGAAAAGAGAUCCAGCAAGUUCAUCUAGAGCACUUCGCAACGCUUCUGCAAACGAGCAAGCAUAAACGGUUCAAUGUAAAGCAGCGCCUCGGCAAGAUGGGCGUGGUUCGGAAGAUGCUGUUUGUCUUGCAAACUGCUUGGUAUCAACAGGAUAUGAUCCCUUUACUUGUUGAUGCGAUUAAAGUCGUCGCGGAAGCUCAUUUCUCUACCGACGAUGCUAUCAAGCCAAUAGUGUCGUACUUAGCUGCGAAUCUACAUGAAGUCGAGACAGGUUUAGCCUCUCCUCGUUCGGCUAUCUCUCGCAUCGAUCACUGCACGGCGCAGUCCAAGGCAGAGCAGGUCUUGGAAAUGCUUGUUACGAUUUUGCACUCACAACAAGCUUAUACGAAAUUCGCGAAUGCCCUCCCCUUGCCACGUAUAUGUCUCCUUUUACUCGGUGAAAGACCUUCAUCUAUGACAGCCAUCCAGAUACUGCGCUUGAUAGGCAUUAGUCUUGAUGCUUCUAGCUCAUUCAGCCGGAAGUUUGAACUUGUAAGCGGUUGGGGCGCACUGAAGGUCGUCCUUCCGCAUGCUUGGGAUAAGGAGGUGCAGCAGGCAGUGUUCGAUCUCCUCCUUGGACGCCUGGGGGACAAAGCGGAGAUUCCUCCUGCAGUAAGUUGCCCUCAGAUCGUUCCUGCCAUUUUCUUCUCCUUGAAGGUUGGACUGGAAACGGUAGCUGGGCAAGUCGUGAAUGGUGUCGUACCAGACGCCGAUGAGAUUGCUAGAGUGGGCACCAUCGUGGAACAGCUUCUCGAACGACUGAUCGAGGUUCACUCAACGGUCCCAACUUUCCGACAAGUGUUCAAGUUACAAGCAACCACUCAGUUGUUCAUUGAUGCGUACAGGUCGUUCGUUGCUAGUGUGUCCAUGUUCAGCGAUUUCGCAUUGAGUACCACGCGAAUCCUAGAGAAGCUCUCGCACCUCGGACUGAGUAUUGCGCUGGACACUGUCGUGACUGCGUCUCAGAAAGAGGAGAUCAUGGAAAUAUUGCAAUCGGCUGAGACAGCACUGAACCCUCGGACGACCCAGGAAUCCUGUAUUGACUCUGCUGCCCUCGUUGGUCAUAAGCCUCGACGUCGGCGAACCGGGCCUGGAAGGCUCAGCAUCCAACUGAGUGAGAGCACCGUGAAACGAUCUGUCGCACGGUUACAUGCUUGGCGUAAGACUGUCAUUAUGACUGAGAGGAAGAGGCUACGCAAGACCAUCCUUGAUUUACGGGAACAUCACCGUCAAGUUACGGCACUGACAGAAUGGGCCACCCAACUUACUGCUGAACGUGGAUUGUGGGCUUAUACUGGCAAGGAGCGUUAUUGGCGCUUGGAUGAGACUGAAGGGCCGUAUCGAGUCAGGAAAAAAUUGGAACCGGCUCAUGAGAACCCUGCCAGUUCAAAGGUGGAUACAAAGGAACACAAUGGAAAUGUUCAUUUGUCAGAGUCAGAUUCGCAAUCUCUGCUACCGGCAGAACCUUCGCCAUGGCAUGACUCGUAUGAGGUGUCGUCAAGUGAUGGUGACGAACAUCACCUAGAGGAAGAGAUCGUUGAAGACAAACACCGCAGGGUUCGGCAUGAGCUCGAACCUGGCGAUGUCAUCGAGGCCGCAAACACUGUUGCCCGUGUAUCUGGUGUUGAUUCUUCUCCUGGACUUUUUAUCUUCGGCCGGACGCACCUCUACAUGCUCGACGGCUUGGUUGAAGAUGAAUAUGGAGAGAUCAUUGAUGCUCAUGAUGCACCGAAGAAGUUGUUCUUUGUGCCAGGAAGCAAUGUAGCGCUCGACGGCCCUCAAAGAGCACACCGUUGGACCCAUGAUCAAGUCGUUAGCUUCUGCGACCGAACAUUCUUGUUUCGAGACGUCGCUCUGGAGAUAUAUUUCAAGGAUAGCAGAUCACUUCUUGUCGUGUUCUUGCAAAAAAGUCAGCGACAGGAGAUGAAUAACAGGCUCUCUUCCAUUCUCGCCCGCAUGUCUGGCGAUGCACUUACGCCAGGUGUUCUGAUGUCCCCGUUGAAGUCACCUUUGGUGGGCCGCCUUAGUGCAAGGCUAAGUGCCACGCUCAGCGCUCGAGUGAUGACGGGUCUCAGGUUGGACGAACUAUCUACUGCACAGAGGAAAUGGCAGACUAGGGAGAUAUCUAACUUCACUUAUCUCAGUAUUCUUAACCAAAUAUCGGGACGCACUCCCAAUGAUGCUACGCAAUAUCCUGUCUUCCCCUGGGUCGUGAGCGACUACGCCUCCCCGACGCUUAAUCUGCGUUCGUCAGAUUCGUUUCGAGACCUUUCACGGCCGAUGGGAGCUCUCACGCCCGCACGUCGCGAUGCCGCACAUUCUCGCUACGUGAACCUGGAGAGUGUCGGGGAGAAACCGUUCCACUACGGCAUUCAUUUCAGCUCCUCUAUGAUCGUCUGCCACUUCCUGAUUCGAUUGGAACCUUUCAGUCAUAUGUUCAAGACUCUACAGGGUGGAGAUUGGGAUCUGCCUGAUCGACUUUUCAGUGACGUCAAAAGAGCGUACGACUCUGCUUCUCAAGACAUCCGUGGCGAUGUUCGUGAAUUGCUCCCCGAGUUCUAUGCAUGUCCAGAAUUUUUGGAGAAUUCUUCCAACUUCGAUUUUGGGGUGCAACAGAAUACUGGCGAGAGAAUACAUGAUGUAAAGCUACCACCUUGGGCGAAACAGGAUCCGCUCUUGUUCAUCGUGCUGAAUCGUGAGGCUCUCGAGAGUGACUAUGUCAGCGAGUAUCUUCCUCAGUGGAUUGACCUCAUAUGGGGCUGCAAACAACGGGAUCCAGAGUCCUUGAAUGUGUUCCAUCCUCUGAGCUACGAGGGCUCCAUAGACUUAGAUACGAUCACCGAUGAGCUGGAACGCGAGGCUACCGUAGGCAUUAUCCACAACUUUGGUCAAACACCUCGCAAGAUAUUCCACACGCCACACCCUGCACGGAUCAUGCAUGGCAGCUCUUCCCUUCCUCUUGGCACGUUGUACGGUAUUGCAGAGGACUAUCUACUACUCACACAAGCGGAUAAGCCCACGAAAGACCUGGGACCCAAUUAUUCCGUCCGCGACAUUAUGUACGACUUUGUAGGCCAACGUGCGAUUCCUUGUUGGACUGGCAUGCUCUGCAUUCCGUCACGUCCCCACGAGUACGUUGAGUGGGAAACCGGGGUAACGACAGGUGGGGCGCUGAAGGUUGUUGUUGAUCGCAAGGUUGUCCAAGUGAUCGGAGCCACUUUCUGUUCGUGCGCCGCAUUCGCUGACGCCGAUACACUCGUCACCGGGUCACUUGACCACACUGUGCGUUUGUGGCGAGUGUGCCGCGGAUCCAGUGGGGCAGCGACACCUGCUACACCGAGGUUCAAAGAGACGUCCCUCAGCCUGAAUCUCACCCACAUUAUGCGCGCUCAUACUGCCGGAGUGACAUGCGUCACUGCAUCCAGAGGAUGGUCUCUGGUAGUGAGCGGAUCCAAGGACGGAAGUGCUGCAUUGUGGGACUUGAACCGCGGUGUCUACGUUAGGUCUAUAUGGCAUGGGUCUGGUGAGGAUUCAGAGGUGCAUCUAGUUGCCAUCAAUGAGAGUACGGGCUAUAUUGCGACGUGUUCAAGAGAGAAGUUAUACUUGCACACCGUCAACGCAAGGCCGAUCGCAUGCUUGGAUCUUACCCCGACCCCAGUGUCUCAAUCGUAUCCGCCGAUUACUUCCAUUGCAUUCCUCGAGCGUGAAUACUCACGCGUUGGCGUCCUGGCGACAGGCACACCGGACGGCAGCAUCACGUUGUGGACAUGGAAUACUGAUCAGACACCGGACGGCCAGAAAGCGAUAUGGAAUUUCGUGACCCUGAGGAUGAUGAAGGUCAAGGACGCCGACGGUGGGAGGCAGUCCAGGGGCUACACCUCUUGCGUGACAGCACUGAAAUUCGUCGGCGAAAUCUUGUAUCAUGGCGAGGACACUGGUAAGGUAUUUGCGUGGAAUCUGCCAGACUGA